CAUUACGAUUGUCUUCACACCGCACAGAAAGGCUUGCUGGUGCUAGGUUGCUAUGUGUAUCCACGCCACAACAAUUUAAAGCGCACCGCAGGAACACCGGCCCGGGGACGGAGUGGCCAUGGCUGGCAAAUCCAGCGCACUGGCACCGAUCCGGGAUAAAGCCUUCCUGACGUCAGUGUUCGAGUCAAUGGACCGUGACCGUACGGGCUUCAUCAAUGUGUCCGAGUUGCAACGGGCACUCGCCAGCGGCAAUUGGAAGCCGUUUGGCGAGGAGCUCGUGCUCCUCAUGGUCAAAAUUUUCGACCGGGACUUCAGCAACAAGAUUGACUUCGACCAAUUCUGCACCCUCUGGUCGUACAUCACAAACUGGUUCAAUGCCUUCAAGAAGGUCGAUCGCACCAACUGUGGUCGCCUGGACAAGACGGAUCUGCACACGGUCUUUAGCAACCUGGGUCAUCAGGUGUCGCUCAGCCUGUGCCACAUGAUGAUUCGUCGCUUCGAUCAGCAAGGUGAUAACAAGAUAGUGCUUGAAGACUUCCUGCGCCUGUGCGUCAUCAUGCAGGAUGCCACGGAGGAGUUCAAGACAUUCGACCCGGACAAGACGGGAUCGGCCAAGGUCACCUACGACGACUUCCUUUGUAGCACCUUCAUGAUGUGCAAGUGACCUCGCCGAUGCUUUUCACGCACUGGCCGCAAUGAAAGCAAAUUACGCGCGUGGCACCUCGCUGUUGAAGAGGAAUGUAGUAUCGCUGACACCAGAGCGUCCAUCAGUGUACGUUUUCUAUUUGAGCCGAACAAUCGAUUAUGACGUAUAUAUUAACAGUACAUGAGAGAUUAUGCAAAUUCAAAAUCUGUCGAAAAUUCAUUGCGCCAAUAAUUUAUUAAAACGGUUAAAUAUAUAUAUCCUUCCUGAAUUCUA